AUGAAUCUGGAUGGCCCUCUUGAUUUCGAGAGCGAAGAUCCUCUUGUUAACCCACCAGCGUCAGUCGAGAAAAGGAAGAAAGUUAUUGGCUUGGAUGAUCUUCUCUCUGAUUUCUACAAAGAGAAGAGCAAGCUCAUAGACAAGCAAAACAAGAAACGGAAAGCAUCCAAGGUUUACGACUCAGAUGAUGAUGAACAACAUAGCCAAGAAGCUGUGAUUUCUAAAUAUGUUGAUCAAUGCCAGAAUCAGAUGAAUGAGAUUGGUGGGGAAGAAGAUAUCCAAGAAUGGGGAUUAUCUAUGUUUGGAGAUCAGAAAACGCCGACAUCUUCACUACAGUAUGAUCUUGAUAGCUGCUGCUUGUUGAAAGAGUUUAUGAAUAGUCAGCUGAAUUCGUUGGUGGAUCUUAGUCCAGAUGAUGGAGCGAACUUUCUUGAAGGAUUGCUGGUUAACGGCUGGCUCAAAAAACUGGUCUUGACUUGUGGACGUGUGGAAGCAAUCAUAUGCAAAUGGACGCUUAAUCUGUUGUUGUAUUCACCAAAAGAAGAUCUAAGAUCAUCUGCUUGUGGCUUGUGGUGUUCCAUACUGUUAUCACAAACUGAGGAUGAUGGAGCUCCUGUUGAAAUUGAUUGGAUUCCUAACUAUCAACUACUUAAGGAAGCUCUUGGAUCAUACGGUUUCAAAACUAAUCCAUCACAAGAUGUUGAACUAGCUGAAGCAGAUUCUGAGUCUCAAGUUCCUCCGCAGAACAUUAGAGCUUGGCUCAAAUUCGUUGCAGUUUGUUGUCAGAUUAGGUGUAAAAAUCCAAUCUUUUCGACUUCACAAGUUGAACAGCUAGCCGAGAUCCUUGUAUGGCUGCUCUUAGAUCGUGGUCUUCAAGGUCUUUCACUUCUCUUACAAGAGUGUUUGAUAUCUGUUAUUGGAUCAUUCAAAGAGGAAGAAUGGGUUUCAAGCUGCAAGAACAUAGCAAACUCUCUUGCUUCCAGAGUACCUCAAGAUAUGAACUGUUUAAGGAUAGUUGAAUCCGUAUCAGGUGUUGAUGCUCGAAGCAAGCAUCUGAGAAGUUUAAUCUCAUAUCAAAUGAUUGUUGUUUUACUUGAUCAUAAGGAUAGCGACGAAAAAUUAAUGAGCUCGCUGAUGUCUAUCAAUCUGAAGGAGAAAAGUUGCAACCUUUUCAAGACUUACAUUUUCUUGGUUUUGGUUGAGAACUGGCUCUUCUCCAGUAAAUUGGUUGAGGAAAAGCCUGUACUCAAGGAUAUGUGGGCUGUAUUUCUUAGAAACUGUUCUUGUCAGAUCAGUAGCACCGAUCUUCGUCCUUUUGCAUCGAAAGUUCGUACCAAAGCAGCUUAUCUUCUUCAAGGAUGCAUAAGCAAUUGA